UGUAACAGCACCAUCCUAAUUAGCAAGUUUGACAACAAGGUGAAGGUUCGACCUGAGAGAAAGGAGUGCAGAAUUUCAGAGGUAACUUUCUGACCACUAUUAAGAUGGCUGCUACAAUAGUGCAUGAUACCUCAGAGGCCGUGGAACUAUUUGCCCCACAGGGCUUAUUUCUGAAGCCAAUCGCUAAGCUGACUCUUAGCGUAUCACUCCCCCAGCUGAAGCAACCAGGUAAGUCCAUAUCAAACUGGGAGGUGAUGGAGAGACUCAAGUACAUGGUUCACCCUGAGCAGUUUGCUACACUGCGUGUGUCCAAGAGCACAAUGGAUUUUGUUCGCUUUGAAGGGGAAGUUGAAAACAAGAACAUGGUGAAAACCUUCCUGUCCAAACUGGACAGUAAGACAAUUAAGCUCAGUGGCUUCACAGACACCUUAAAAGUACGAGCAGCUGAAGUGAAAAUAGAUUUCCCGACCCGUCACGACUGGGAUUCAUUCUUUCGGGAUGCCAAAGACAUAAAUGAGACUUUACCAGGUGAGAGGCCAGAUACCAUUCAUUUGGAGGGACUGCCAUGCAAGUGGUUUGCCCUGAAAAAUUCCAGUUCAGAGAAGCCAAGUGAUUUCAUCCUGCGCAAGGUAUUUGAAACAUUCGGGGAGAUUCGAAACGUAGACAUUCCAAUGCUCGACCCUUACAGAGAAGAGAUGACUGGGAAGAACUUCCACACCUUCAGCUUUGGGGGUCACUUGAACUUUGAAGCAUACGUGCAGUACCAGGAGUAUAUCGGAUUUGUGAAGGCAAUGGAUGCCCUGAGGGGAAUGAAACUGCUGUACAAAGGGGACGAUGCAAAGGCAGUGGCCUGCAGCAUAAAGGUAACCUUUGACACAACAAAGCACCUGAGUGAUGCUUCCAUCAGGAGGAGACAGAUGGAGAGACAGAAGCUGCAGGAGCUGGAACUGCAGCGAGAAGAGCAAAAACGUCGGGAGAAAGAGGAAGAAGAGCGAAGAAAGGAGGAAGAAAGGAAGCAGAGAGAGCUGGAAGAGCAAGAGCGGGAGAAGAAGAGAGAAGAAAAGGUUAGAAAGAGGGAACAGAAGCAGAAGGAGCGUGAAGAGCGGCGAAAUGUGCGCAAACUGCAACGGGAAGAGCAGAAAAGGCUACAGGAAAAAAUUGCUCUGGAGGAACGAAAACUCCUUUUAGCGCAGAGGAACCUGCAGUCUAUCCGCCUUAUUGCAGAGCUGCUGAGCAGAGCCAAGGUUGGGAAGCAGCAGGAACUGGAAGCAUGCGAAGCAGAGGCAGCCCGUCUGCAUCAGCUGGAGGAGAAGAGGCGGCAGCAAGAAGCCGAGCUCAGGCGGGUGGAAGAAGAGAAAGAGCGUGUGGUGGAGCUGCAGCAGAAGGAGAAGGAGCUGAGGGAGAAGCUGCUGGAGAACCUGAAGCGGAAGGAAGAAAGUGAAAGCCAGCAGUGCAGAGCGGAGCCGAAGGUGGGUUUCGGAGACCGGACGGCUGUGAAUGCAUGCUCAGCGUUGGGAGCAGCCCCUGCACAGGCUGCUACCAGUCUCCUGGCAUAUCCUGGUGCUGUCAGCCAUGGCAAGAAAGUGCCACUUGCUCAGGAAGUCAAUGGAAAGCCAGAUGCAGCUGAAAGAUUCACUGGUGAUUUGGGCCAGAUUCAGCCACAAAGCGACAUCAUUCCUACUUCCCACCCAGGUGCUUGCAAGUCUAUGCAGAGCAAGGAACACAUAACCACUUUACCUAAUAGUAAAGGUUGUUCCCUGCAGGAAUGCAGUGGUAAAAAAGGUAAAUAUCAAAACGGCCCUAGCCAUGCAGAAAAAGAUCUUCAAACCAAUACGGUCAAGAUGGAAGGCAGCCAAAUGCAAAAGGACUUGAAAAGGGCUCACAAAUCCCGACAGAGCAGCACAAGCAGUGAACGCAGUAGAAACUGGAGGGACUCGAGUAGUGAUGGCAGCUGCCAUCAAAGGGAAUGGAGCCGGCACCAAGUCCACUCAAGGAAGGAGAGUGCUCGACGUGGCAGGGACUCGAGCCGGCAGCAGAGCCGCAACUGGAGAGGCUCCAGCAACGAGCGAAGCUGCAGUCGACAAGACCAGAGGCGUGAGGGGAGGCGGUACCGAAGGAAUGCCAGCAGGGAUCGGGUCCGCGUCCGGCAGGGUUCCAGCAGGGAGCGGAACCGCCAACGGAAUCCGAGCAAGGAGCAGAGACGGCGGAGGGGUGCGAGUGGGGAGCGGGACCAUCGUCGGAAAAGCUCGAGCAGGGAGCGUAGCCGUCAUCGUAGGGACACGAGCCGGGAGCGUAGCCAUUAUAAAGACUCCAACACAGGACACAGCCGUCAUCGGAGACCAAUUUCAUUCACAGAAUGAGAAAAGCUAUAUUGUGGAGAAGUUGAACUCCGUCCUUAAACAGCUUUGACAUUUUGACCACUAUUUAUUUGAAGGUAAGGAUUUCAUAGUAUCAAUGGCAUUAAAUCGCAGUCAAAUCAUUUUGAGAGAUCAGUAUUUUCAAAAAGCGUAAAUAAACUACAAAUUACUCUGUCUUCUGGCAGAACACAGAAAAUUGCAGCAAAUGAGACGUGCAAAAGGAAAAAUUUAUUUCGUGCAUUUAAUUGAUGAGAAGAAAGCAACACAAUUCGUGAUGGCUGUGGACCACAGUCAAAUCAGAGAUUGCACUUUGAAAAUAUUUUUAAUUAUUCAUUUGUAGCAAACUAACACACAAUGAGCAUCGUGAGGUUUUUUUAAACACCGCGGUCCCUGUUUUGUACAGCAUCCUUGGCAGACACGAGUGCUCCAUCUCAUUUGCAGUGUUGUGCAUGUUCUGUCCUGUAUAAGACACUUCCUUUGACAUUGUGGGAAUAAAUACGCUUUUGUUUCCAUUUGACUCUUUACUGUCGUUUGCUGACUUCCAAAUGUAUGCUCCUUUGUUUGUUUCCACCAAAUUGCUUGAAAUUGUCCUGUAUUUAUUUUGUAUUUUCUUCCAUACAUGAUUGUGAAUUGUUUGUAACCUUCAGUAAACAAAAGGUUUUUUUGAAA